GCCAUUUUGGCUCUGGGCCUCGGCGGAGCGGUAGGCCGGAGCGGUCGUCUGGCCCCGAGGCUGACGCUUCGAGAGCCGCGUCGCGCGAUGCCCCGCGGCUGACGCCUUCGUCCUAGUCUUGUCCAGGCCUUCCUCGUCCGUCGCUCCCGUCCGCCCUCGCGAUGUCGUCGUCGUGCGCGGCGGCGGCGGCCCGCUUCGACGCGUCGGAGCGCUCCUCUUGGUACGUGGGGCCGCUGUCGCGGGCGGAGGCACAGGCGCGGCUGCAGGGGCAGCGGCACGGCACCUUCCUGGUGCGCGACUCCUCCACCUGCCCCGGCGACUACGUGCUCUCGGUCUCGGAGAACUCGCGCGUCUCGCACUACAUCAUCAACUCGCUGCCCGGGCGCCGCUUCAAAAUCGGCGACCAGGAGUUCGAGCACCUGCCGGCCCUGCUGGACUUCUACAAGAUCCACUACCUGGACACCACCACUCUGAUCGAGCCCGCGCCCAGAUAUCCAGCACCACUAAUGGGAUCAGGAUCAGUAGCCAUCACUGCUACAGAAGAGAAUGUGGAAUAUGUGCGGACUCUUUAUGACUUUCCUGGAAAUGAUGCAGAGGAUCUGCCAUUUAAAAAGGGGGAGAUACUGAUCAUUGUAGAGAAGCCUGAAGAACAGUGGUGGAAUGCCAGAAACAAAGAUGGUCGCGCUGGAAUGAUCCCAGUUCCUUAUGUUGAGAAGCUUGUGAGAUCUUCCCCACAUGGAAAACAUGGGAAUAGGAAUUCCAACAGCUAUGGGAUUCCUGAGCCUGCCCAUGCUUAUGCUCAGCCACAAACCACAAGCCCUCUUCCCAGUGUAUCCAAUACGCCUGGGGCAGUGGUCAACCCCCUACCAUCAACACAAAAUGGACCCGUCUAUGCCAAAGCAAUUCAAAAGAGAGUACCAUGUGCUUAUGACAAGACUGCCUUAGCAUUAGAGAAUAGGAGAAGAGCCAUGCCGGAGCAGACCAAACACCUCUCUUGUUCACCCAUGGCCAAAUACAUGUCCAUCCGAAGGCCACAAGGAGGAUGUGAGUGGAAGAGCCUCCUCCCACACAUUUUCCCAAGCAGCUGGCAUUUGCCUCUGGUCCUGGAGGUACUAUGUACCCAUCAUGUCUAGCAGUCUUUCAUUCUCCAUGUUGUUUAAUGCUGUUUAAAUUAAUGCCUUCCAUUAAUAUGUUUGUGGCAGCCUGUUCCAGAGUUUAACAGGAUAUCUGUGAAUGAGUAGUUCCUUGUUGGGGGUUACAUGAGCAGAGCCAGCUGGAGCCAGGGGUCAGACUAGAUGGCCCAGGAGGUCCCUUCUGACUCAUUCUGUUUUAUGUUUCUUGUUUUUCUGUCCUAAAUCUCUUACCAUUUGACUCCCUAAGAUAAACCUGGUUUCUAAUGAUAUGAAAGAAAAAGUUCUUCCUAUUUACUUUCUUAAUGUCAUGUAUAUGUUUAUGUAUGUCUGCUGCAUCUUUACAUAUACACUGUUUUCUAAGCUUAAUUGGAUUUUUUUAAAAUUUAAACUGGACUUUUUAAAUAAAAUCCUUCUGGGGGAACAAUCUAUUCAAAGAUAGUUUUUUAUUUACGAUACAUUACAGUCCAAAGAUUAUUAAGAAUUAGUUUUUAAUUAUGUAGCUUGAGGCUGUAUAUUCAUGUAAUGUUUAAAUUUUUUGGUAAACUAACCCAUUUAUGAUAGAUUUAUCCAUUCAUGAUGUCUUACUCUUUCAGAGGUAUCUGUAAGAUUCUUGGACAAUUUUUCUAUCUAGACAAUAUCAUUACAGAUGCUUGGUUUUACAGUUCUCAAAACUGAAUCUGUGUCUGCAGAGAUCACAUGUCUCUUCUUCACAGCAAAAAUUAUAAAAUAAACAUAGAGUUGAGAAAAAGACCUUAAUCCCAUUGUUCUUUUACAAAUCUAUGCACACAAAAUCAACCCCUCACCUUUAAGUGCAUAGUUUCAAAAAAUCCAAUGAUUAGAAGAAAAUUGUUGGGAGUGGAAUAGAUCGGUACAGUGUGAGGAGGGAGGGGCAAGCAGUAAAAAUGAAAGUGAAACCUUUUGAGUAGAAUACUCCAUAGGUCUUUGAACCUUUUUGAGCACAACCUGAGAUUCAUCAUAUUCUUUCCAUGGAGGAGAAAACCAAUAAUAACAAUAGGCCAUAAAAGAGCCCCAGUUUGGGAAUAUUUCAGUGAAGUUCCGCUACCUAUAGGUAAGGCAUGCAUGCAGAUUACAUAGAAAACCAUGAUUUAAAUCUAGUUUUACUGACUAGUUAUUUAAAUUGUAUUUUAAAUAAAUUUGAUUUAAAUCAAAUCCACCCUGUUACAGACUGCUUUUUUAAUAAUUUGCCCCAGAUUUUUUCUAGGAAUUUCUGUUACCUGGUCUGUAGUUCCCAGGUUCAUCUUUUUUCCCUUUUUUGAAGAUGGGUGUGUUAGCCCUUAUCCAGUCAUCUGGCACUUCUCCAGUUUCCCAAGAUUUAUCAAAGAUAAUAGCCAGUGGUUCUGAGAGUUCCUUCACUAGCUUUUUUAAGACUCUGGGAUGGAGUGCAUUGGACCCUGGAAAUUUGAACAUGUUUAUUCCAUCUAGGAAUUCCUUAACCAUUUGUCCAUCAAUCUUGGGCUGCCAGUCUCACUUUCAGAUUGUACUUCCUCUUGGUUGUAAAUUUUCUUUUGGGAGACUGAUUCAAAGUAGGAAUUGAGCACCUCCACCUUUUCCUGCUCCUUCAUGGAUGACCUUUUCCUGAUCAUCUGUUAUCACUCUGCCAUUCAUUUUAAGUAUUUAUUUUAUUUAUUUAUUAAAAACUUUUCUAUCCCAUCCCCUACAGAACAUCUCAGGACAGCUUACAAUAAAAGGGAAGAGUAGCUGGACAUCCUUCUCUUUGUCCUUUGUAUUGGACAUACCAGAAGAAGUGUUGUUUUUAGCAUCUCUUGCUAUUCUUGGUUCAUUUCCUGCUUUAAUCUUCCUGCAAUUCCAUGCUAUGAGUUUAUAAUCUUCCUUAGUGGCCUGUCCCUGCUUCCACCUCCUGUACAUAUUCUUUUUUUCUUUCACGUUGUCACUUAAUUUUUUGUGGAGCCACAUGGGCUCCCUCUGUUUCUUCUCCACAUGACAGAAUGCUUGCCUUUGGCUGGAUUCAAAAUGCUUUAAAUGCCCUAAGGUCUCUUUGGGACUUGUCCCACACAUUUGGGAAACCUCUGAGGAGAGCUGGUAUGUGUGUCUUUACUAUCCUUGGAGCUACAUUUUGCUUGUGAUUAAAGAUACUAGUGUGCAGUUUAUAUUGGCCUGCAAAAAGGAGUAUAUAGCUCUUGACUCAUACUGCUUCCAAGUUUCACAGUGUAGUCUCUUGAAAGUCUACUCAAAAAUCAACCCUCAUGGACUGAUUUGCACAUAUACUCCACUGUGGUAUAUGCCAUUUUGAAUAUUAUUAUUAAAAUGAUUAUUUAGGGCGCAGUGGAGUACAGUGCAUGCCAUGUGGGAUUUGCGUAACCUGUUGGUGUUUAACCCUUCCAUAAAUGUUGAAUGUUCAAAAUCCUGCACACACACAUGUGCAUGUGCGCGCGUGCACAUUCCUAGAAAUAAUCACUGUUGAACUGAGUGACGUAGUUCACAUGAUCCAGAUAGCCAACAGUGGCUUAUUUAUCAAUAUUUUGGAGCUCAGCAGUAGAAUAAAAAUAGUUCAGAUAAAUGAAUUGUAAAUGCAAUGUAUGAAUUCAUCGAAGUGUCAAAUGCAGAUUUCAGCCUUGGUUAUUUUUCAGUGAAGCAGUAUAGUCUUUGUACAGUACAUUACAGGGCCAUCAUCAGCCUCUAAAUCUUCCUGCAAUUACUGCAGUUAAAUUGUAAGUAGAGGAAAAUAUGCCCAGCUUUAGCACCUCUUGACAGCAUUAUACAAAAUAGGGUUUGACUAGUUCAGUUUAAUAUUGAAGUGUUUUACAUUGACCAUCUUCCUUUGCAAAGGAAGCUGAAGCUGUUAGAUGCUUCUUUUGUUAAUUGUUAGAUUGUUACAGUACUUUUGCAGCACUCUUGUUUUGGAUGCUUUGAAGUAGCUGAAAAUAACCAAUGUUUUUCCAAAUUAUGAAUUCAACAAUAGCAAAAUUCGGACAACAUGCCUAGGACAUCUCUUCAGACUUCUUAGGCUUUCACGCUGUGUAAACCCAGCAAGCAAAUGUUAAAAAAUCUGGAUUCUUCUUCGUGGUCUCUGUGCAAUCACCCAUAUGGGCUUUGCCACGCAAUGCAAGGCUCAGCAUCACAGGGUGGGCAGGAGCCCUGCCCUGCCUCUUCCAGGGACCCAGGCAAAAGGGGAGGUUCCCGCCCAGUCCCUCAGUUCCUUUUCGACCACUCUUGAGUCACUUCACUGAAUCAGACCUUUCCAGCUCACACUUUCUUCUUCCCCUAACCUAAAUAAAUAAAUAAAUCCUAUUUUUUCUCUACUCUUAUCUCACCUGGUACGAGACUGCUCUUGCUUCCUUUCUUGCAAGCAAAUGUUAAACAAUCUGGAUUUUUACGACACUUCCAAGAGUAGGGUUUGUAGAUUUGAAAUGAAAACCAUAGGUGUUCUGCAUGCAUUGCAGACUCACUCUGAAUUAAAUAAUCCACAACUGGUUUAUUACAGAUUACAGAUUGUAUUUUUAGUGUCUUUAUUUUAUAUUCUGUAAGCCCUCUUGAGACAUUUGGGAACCCAUGGGAACCCUCUGUGAAGGAAAUUAGGAGGAUAGGUACUCGGAGGAGGGCUUUCUCUGCGG